GUUCACAGACAAUUACUUGAAUUUUAUAUAUUUCUUAGAUAUUUCAGUAAUCUACUAUAAAUUAUUUUGUUUAGUAAGCACUUCUACUGAUAACGUUUGAUUUCUUCAACUUUUCAUAGAUUGUACAUUUACGUUAUGUGUACGACCGAAUGCAUCUAAUGCAUCCGUCUCCUUUAUGAAUAUUUAAGUUCUUUUUAAACCAAUAUUUAAUCUGUCUAUGCUGCUAGUGAAGCAAAAGGAAUUCUGAAUAAUACAACGAUAAAACUAUUGUUGCAAGCAAUAACUUUUGUAAAGUAAUGGAAUCCCGAACAGAGUUUAAAAUAAAAUCUCCUCCGACCGAUGCGAUAUCGGCGGUGGAGUUUGGACCGAAUUCGACACAGUUCCUCCUUGUUUCUUCAUGGGACAGUACGGUCCGAUUGUAUGAUAUUCAUGCGAACACUAUGAGAUUAAAGUACAAUCAUGAUUUGCCAGUUUUAGAUGUCGCAUUUCAGGAUGCCGUUCAUGCAUACAGUGGUGGUUUAGGAAAUACGUUGAAGAUGUAUGACAUUAAUAGUAAUACUGAAUCGGUAAUGGGACAACAUGAUAAGCCAAUUAGAAAAAUUGAAUAUUGUGCGGCAGUAAAUGCAAUAUUAACUGGUGGGUGGGAUGCAGCAGUAAAACUUUGGGAUCCUAGGACACCCACCUGUGUAGGUAGUUAUUUGCAGCCAGACGUUGUUCUUGCCUUAUCUGUGUGCGGAGAUAAAUUUGUGGUAGGUACAGCCAAACGAAAAGUUUGUAUUUGGGAUCUGAGAAAUAUGGCUGGCAUGUUCCAAAGACGAGAAAGCAGUUUGAAGUAUCAAACUCGUUGCAUUAAAGGUUUUCCCAAUGAACAGGGAUAUGUUCUUAGUAGCAUUGAAGGCCGAGUAGCUGUUGAAUAUCUUGAUACAACACCAGAAGCACAGAAGAAGAAAUAUGCUUUCAAGUGUCAUAGGAUAAAGGAAAACAAUGUGGAACAUAUAUACCCCGUCAAUGCUAUUAGUUUUCAUUCCACUUAUAAUACGUUUGCAACUGGUGGCUCGGACGGUUAUGUGAAUAUUUGGGAUGGAUUUAACAAAAAACGUUUAUGCCAGUUUCAUAGAUACAAUGCUGGAGUCGCUGCUCUUAGCUUUAGUCACGAUGGUUCUGUACUUGCUAUAGGGGUAUCAUAUUUGAAUGAAGCUGAAAUUCCACCAGGCGGAAAUGACGAGAGAGAGAUUUAUAUAAGAUAUGUAAAUGAUCAAGAAACUAAACCAAAAUAAUAGUGUACAAACAUUUAAAAAAAAUAGGUUAAAACGUUUUUUAACUAUUAGACUGUUUCAUCGAAGAAGCAGAAAAUAAAUGCUGAAGCCUUUUCCAGAAAAUUAAUGAUUGUUCAAAGAGUGUAUACAAGAUAUCCCAGAAUGCACGAUUCUGAAAGUGUCAAAGAAAAUGAAAUUCUGAGUCAAAAGUUCCUCUUCCCCUUUUUUCGUUAAUAACUUUGUUAAUAGCGAUUGGAGGGAAAAGUGGAAGAGGAAUUUUUGACUUAGAAUUUUGUUAUACUCUCAGAGGAAAGUCGUGUGUGCAUUCUGGGACACCUUGUAUAAUAAGAGUUUUUCAUUUUUAUAUCUUAAAUAUCUGGUAAUUAUACAAAUGUAGUAAUAAUUGUUCAUGAAUUUUAGACCAGUCAAAUUUUAAUAAAAUACCUUUUUUAUUCAAUAUACUGGGCUUAUUAAACAGUACGUUACAUGCAGAUUAAUAA